AUGGCAGCAGGAGUAGCAGCAUGGUUGCCCUUUGCCAGGGCAGCCGCCAUAGGAUGGAUGCCAGUGGCCAACUGUCCCAUGCCACUGGCUCCAACGGAGAAAAACAAGAGGCAGGAUGAGCUGAUCAUUCUCAAUGUGAGUGGCAGGCGUUUCCAGACCUGGAGGACUACACUGGAGAGAUACCCGGACACUCUCCUGGGCAGCACUGAGAAGGAGUUCUUCUUCAACGAAGACACUAAGGAGUACUUCUUUGACCGGGACCCUGAGGUCUUUAGGUGCAUCUUAAAUUUUUACAGAACUGGCAAGCUGCACUAUCCCAGGUACGAGUGCAUCUCUGCUUAUGACGAAGAGCUUGCCUUCUAUGGGAUCCUCCCUGAAAUCAUUGGGGACUGCUGCUAUGAAGAGUACAAAGACAGAAAGCGGGAAAACGCGGAGCGGCUGAUGGAUGACAAUGACUCAGAAAACAACCAAGAAGGGUCCAUGCCAUCCCUGAGCUUCCGGCAGACGAUGUGGCGAGCCUUCGAGAACCCCCACACCAGCACCUUAGCCUUAGUCUUUUACUAUGUCACCGGUUUCUUUAUUGCUGUCUCUGUGAUCACUAAUGUCGUGGAAACUGUCCCUUGCGGCACGGUGCCUGGAAACAAGGAGCUUCCAUGUGGGGAAAGAUAUGCUGUGGCUUUCUUUUGCUUGGACACGGCUUGCGUGAUGAUUUUCACGGUUGAGUAUCUGUUGAGACUCUUUGCGGCCCCAAGUCGCUACAGAUUCAUUAGAAGUGUGAUGAGCAUCAUUGACGUGGUGGCCAUCAUGCCGUACUACAUUGGCUUGGUGAUGACCAACAAUGAGGAUGUCAGCGGAGCCUUUGUGACACUAAGGGUUUUUAGGGUUUUCAGGAUUUUCAAGUUCUCUCGCCAUUCCCAAGGCUUAAGAAUCUUGGGCUACACAUUGAAGAGCUGUGCCUCCGAGCUUGGCUUUCUCCUCUUUUCCCUCACUAUGGCAAUCAUCAUCUUUGCAACUGUGAUGUUUUAUGCAGAGAAAGGGUCCUCGGCAAGCAAAUUCACCAGUAUUCCUGCUUCCUUUUGGUACACUAUUGUAACCAUGACAACACUGGGUUAUGGUGACAUGGUGCCCAAGACAAUUGCUGGGAAGAUAUUUGGCUCCAUUUGCUCCCUGAGCGGGGUGCUGGUCAUUGCUCUGCCGGUUCCAGUCAUUGUUUCCAACUUCAGCCGAAUUUACCACCAGAACCAGAGAGCCGACAAGCGGAGAGCGCAGAAGAAAGCCCGGCUUGCGAGGAUUCGAGUGGCCAAAACAGGCAGCUCCAAUGCUUAUCUUCACAGCAAGCGCAACGGCCUCCUGAACGAAGCCCUCGAGCUGACGGGCUCCACUGAAGAUGAACAGCACAUGACUAAAGGCACCUCCUUAAUUGAAAGCCAACAUCACCACCUGCUGCACUGCCUGGAAAAAACAACUGGAUUGUCCUAUCUUGUGGAUGAUCCCCUGUUAUCUGUACGAACUUCCACCAUCAAGAACCACGAGUUCAUAGACGAGCAACUGUUCGAGCAGAACUGCAUGGAGAGCUCAAUGCAAAACUACCCUUCUUCUCGGAGCCCCUCCUUGUCAAGUCACCAUGGACUGACCACCUCCUGCUGUUCUCGCCGUAACAAGAAGACCACUCACCUUCCCAACUCCAGUGUGCCAGCCACUCGCCUCCGGAGUAUGCAGGAGCUCAGCACCAUCCACAUCCAGUGCAGUGAGCAGCCCUCACUUACAACAAGUCGUUCCAGUCUCAACAUGAAAUCAGAUGAUGGGCUGAGACCGAACUGCAAAACUGCCCAGAUAACGACAGCCAUCAUCAGCAUUCCCACGCCGCCGGCACUCACGCCAGAAGGCGAGAGUAGGCCUCCGCCCGGCAGCCCCGGCCACUCCACGAACAUUUCCACCACCACCACAAGCAACAUAGUCAAGGUCUCUGCCUUGUAA